CAAUAAACACCAAAGAAGAAGAAGAAGAAGUUUUACGGCAGUGAAGCUUCAGUGAUUGGUCUUUUUUGUGCCGUAAACCGUGUUGGUUCUAGAACGCAUGGGACUGAUCUGGAGCAGCGCGUGAGAGACUGUAAUGAUGGAGGCUAAAUCCAAAAAACCCUUUUCUCCUAAAGAUGGAAAGAAGUUUACACAGAAAGGAAAAGAUUCCAUGGGGACCAAACUUGGUGGAAAACCAGGCGGUAAGCCGGGUGGUAAAAAGCCCUUCAAGCCGUACAACAACGCAGAGAGGAAAGGCAGACCGGGGAAAGGUGGAGAUGGCGGCAAAUUUGCUUUCUCCAAAGGCGGGACGGGGCCGCAGAAGAGGAAAAUGCCAUUUAAAGGGAAAAAUAAAGAAGAAGAGGGUGAAGGUCCGAUGGCUAAGAGGAUGAAUAAAGGCGAGUUUAAGCCGAAGGAGGAGCCGACUGAGGAGAAGAACAGGCAGCAGAAGAAGAAGGACCUGAAGAAUAGCAGACAGGAGGCGGAGAGGAAGGACAUGUUCCAGAUCAUCCGUCAGUGCAAACAAGUGUGGGGAGACCUCAGGAGGAAGAAGUGCGACGACGAAUUGAAGAAGAAACUGAUGAAGGACCUCCAUGACCUGAUCCGCGGGAAGAUGAAACAGAUGGCGUUUGCUCACGACUCGGUGCGAGUGCUGCAGUGUUUCAUCCAGUUCGGCAGCCACGAGCAGAGAAAGGAAGUGUUUGAGGAGCUCAAAGAUGACAUCAUCGGUUUGUGUAAGUCGCAGUACGGCAAACACGUGGUGAAAAAAAUGCUGAUGUACGGGAACAAGGAGCUGGUGGCGUCUGUGAUGGUAAAAUUUAAAGGUCACGUGCGGCCGAUGCUUCGCCACGCCGCCGCCUCGUCCAUCAUCGAGUACGCCUACAACGACAAAGCCGUGCUCGCACAGAGACUCAUGCUCACCGAGGGGCUGUACGGGAACACCUUCACUAUCUGCAAGUCGACGGUGUGCAACACCAUCGAGAAAGUUGCAGAGGCGAACCCGGACAAGCUGAACAACAUCAUCGAUGAGAUGAAGCAGAGUCUCACACCCAUGGCUCAGAAAGAACAAGUCAUCAAACACUCUCUGGUCCACAAAGUCUUCCUGGACUUCUUCCUGUUAGCACCCGAAAAACCGAGAACGGAGAUGAUCGAGUCGAUCAGAGAGUCGGUUGUCUACAUGGCUCACACACACGACGGAGCACGAGUGGCAAUGCACUGUCUGUGGCACGGGACGGCCAAGGACAGAAAAGUCAUCAUCAAAACUAUGAAGACGUACAUGGUGAAGUUUGCCACGGGAGAGUUUGGUCACCUGGUUCUUCUGGCCAUGUUCGACUGCGUGGACGACACCAAGCUGGUCAAACAGGCCGUGCUCUCAGAGAUCUUGUUGUCUCUGGAUGAGGUCAUCGGUAAUAAAUACGGCAAGAAGGUUUUGUUGUACCUGCUGAACCCCAGAGAUCCCGCUCACCUGCUGCCGGAGAUCAUCAAGGUGCUGGAGCGAGGAGACGGAAACACUCACAGUAAAAAGGACAUGGCGGUUCGGAGGAGGGAGCUGCUGGAAGUCGUCUCCCCCCCGCUGCUGGACCAUCUCCGUGACAACGCCGCCACCAUGGUGACGGACAAGGCGUCCAGCGUCACCAUUAGUGACAUCCUGGCGUCGGCCUGCGGGGACCUGCGGCCCGCCAUGACGGCCGUGGCUCUGCUGGCCAAUCAUGAGUUGGUGCCAGGAGGGACCAAUGGACAGCUUCACAUGGCGGAGCAUCCAGCAGGACACCUGGUGCUGAAAUGGCUCAUGGAGCAGGACAUGCAACUGGCAGAGGCCGGCAAGGAAGAGCGGUUCGGCAGGAUACUGGUGGACACAGUUGGGACAGAGACACUGAAGAGCUGGGUCAAAGUCAACAGAGGAGCCAUGGUGCUCUGCAGCCUCCUGAACAGCUACGACAAGUCUGUGGCCGCGGAGGUGAAGGCGGCGCUGGAGACCAUCAAAUCAGAGCUCAGCAGUAUCAGCAACAACAAGGGAGCUGAAAUCCUGCUGGAGAAUCUGAACAAGUAGAGACCUUUUUUAUUCCAAACAGACUGGUGAUGGUAAACGCAUCACUUCCUGCGCAGCAGCAGUGGGUCUUUUUCUCAGAAAACGCCAACGAGACUGCGAAUGGGACCGUUUCCAGGAAGUGGAUACAACCUGGAGCACCGUUAUGUCAUGACCGUCCCGGAUGGAAAAAUGGACGUGAAUUUGUAUCUGUGAAUAAUGAAAUAAAGAUGUUUCUGUGGACGAUGUGAUGCUACGAGAAAACACAGAGGCCGCUUGUGUGCAAGCAGCAACAGUACACAUAACGUAAACGUACAACAUAUAAUACACUUUGCCUUUUUGUUUCUAUCACGGUCAAGCUGCACUGAGUAAAACUCAACACUUCUUUCACAUUAAAAGCUUACAUGGUAACAGAAGAACUAUGAAUUUUUAAAGGGAACAUUUUCAGGUUCAUACUUGUAUUUUGGGUUUCUACUAGAACAUGCUUUAAUGUUCAAAAAACACAUUUUUUAAACAUCUGAAGGAAGUGUUGCGUUUCAUUGACACCGAAUGAAAAAUAACAGCAAAGUAAAUACGAUUAAUUCUAUAACAGAAUAACGGUAUUUCAGUCCCUGUGGCUCAGUACGAAACAGACGGACAGAUAUCUCAAAACCUGGACAAAUAAAACCAAAACCAUCUCCAUGGCAACAUACAACCUCAAGGUUUUCUAAUAACCUUGAGGUUGAGUGAACUGGCCCUUUAACAAGGGCUGUACAGGUUCUAGCUGUCCAGACUGUUUGUGCCAUCCAGUUUCAGAUUUUUGUUCUAAGAUUUUGUACCUUGUGAGUGCUAAUUGUAUCAGCUAUUAACAUGUUUGCAAAAAUAAACAUUGUAAGUACUUAA